CACACUAUAGUGAUUAAUUUAGACUGAGAUGGCUAGAACGGCACAAUUGGUUUCUUUCUGUGGAAAAUUCAUUGAAACAACAGUGACAAACAAAGCCUCUGAAGCAGAGAAUUGGAUGCAUGAUAGUAUGUCGAAGUACACUGACCAGAAAAUCAUUGUGGGAUUCAACUGUAAAUGGAGGCCGCAUCCUAUACCAUCAUUGAGCAGCAAACUUGCCACAUUGCAAUUAUGCACGGACACCGAGUGUCUAAUUCUACAGCUUCUCUACAUGGACAGCAUUUCUGAAACCAUGAAGAAUUUCUUCGGAGACAGUAACAUAAUAUUUGUGGGAAUUGAGGUUAAGGAGACUCUGUUGAAGCUGGAAACAGAGUAUGGGCUCUGCUUCAAGUACAAGAUUGAUGUUCGAGCACUGGCUAAGAUGAAUUUCCCACUCAGCUUCAGUGAAAAUGCAGGAUUGAAAGCACUGGCCCUUCAUAUUGUGCAGCUUCAAUCGUGGAAGCCAAAGAAUUUGAGCCUGAAUUGUGGUAUGGAAGCUAGAAUUCUUGGCGUUGAACAGGUUAAGUUUGCUUGUGUCGAUGCCUAUGUUUGUUAUAGAAUUGGUCACAGACUUCUCAAAGAGAUAUAGUA